CAUUCCCCUUCUCUUUUUUUCCUUUUUAUCUCAUCUUAUCUUCUCUUUCCCAAAGAUUGUAAGAACACCAAAAAAAAUUCUCUCUAUCUCUCAAUUUUGUAUAUGUGUUUUUGUUUCAUGUUUAGGAUCAUUGAAAUCCCUAAUCCACUCUCUGUACGUUGUCCUGUUCAGAGUUUUCUUGCAUUGAAAUGUUUUCAGGAAUGUUAAACGAUCGUUUUUUUCUCUUUUCCAAUACGUGUGGGAAUUGAAAAUACAUAUACGGAUGAUCAUCUACAUUGACUUUUUAUUACGUGUUUAAUCGUAAAUAUAUUUGAUUACCCUUAAGAAAAUAUUUCAACAAAUAUGUGCCUGAUAAGAGUUGUUUUGUUUUGGGUUUAUUCAAAUGUAAGGAUCUUUGUGUUGAUGAUUCUUGUUUCUUAGAAGAGCAAUGAGCAAUUAUUCAGCCGGACUCGGUAAGCCUGGCUCAGGUAAGAGGAGAAUAAGAGACCUUUUGAACCAGCCUGAUAACCGAGUCUGUGCUGACUGUGGCGCUCCUGAUCCUAAAUGGGCAUCAGCAAAUAUCGGAGUGUUCAUUUGCUUAAAAUGUUGCGGUGUGCACAGAAGCCUCGGCACUCACAUCUCAAAGGUCUUGUCUGUGACACUAGAUGACUGGUCAGAUGAGGAAGUCGACUCCAUGAUUGAAAUAGGAGGAAAUGCUUCUGCUAAUUCAAUCUACGAAGCUUUUGUACCUGAAGGCAGCUCUAAGCCUGGUCCUGAUGUUAGUCAUGACCAGCGUUUGAGAUUCAUCAGGUCAAAGUAUGAACUCCAAGAAUUUCUGAAACCAAGUUUGAGGAUAACAUCAGGGAAAACUACCUCAACAAAGAAACCGCCAUCUUUUCUUAGCUCAAGUCUUUCUACAAAAUUCAUGGAUAGUUUUCGCACAAAUUCAUCAUCAAAGAAGAUUUUUGAGGAAGGAAUGGUAGAGUUUAUUGGAUUGUUGAAGGUGACUGUCAAGAAAGGUACUAACUUAGCAAUCAGAGACAUGAUGUCAAGUGAUCCUUAUGUUGUCUUGAAUCUUGGGAAGCAAAAACUUCAAACAACAGUUGUGAAUAGUAACUUGAAUCCGGUAUGGAAUCAAGAACUCAUGCUGUCUGUGCCUGAGAGCUAUGGUCCAGUUAAAUUGCAAGUGUAUGAUUAUGAUACAUUCUCUGCUGAUGACAUAAUGGGAGAAGCUGAACUUGACAUCCAGCCUCUGAUAACAUCUGCAAUGGCAUUUGGGGAUCCUGAGAUGUUUGGGGACAUGCAGAUUGGGAAAUGGCUGAAGUCGCAUGAUAAUCCGCUAAUAGAUGACAGCAUCAUUAACAUUGUUGAUGGGAAAGUGAAGCAGGAGGUUCAGAUCAAGCUUCAGAAUGUAGAGUCUGGAGAGUUAGAGCUGGAAAUGGAAUGGCUGCCACUUGACCAAUAAUACUAACAAUAACGCAGUAGAUUCCAUUUUAUAUGAACACUUUAUACAGUUUGCAAUACAUUCUUUUGUUCUUUUCUUGGAACAUUUUUGGUAUCUCUGAUUUCUUUUCACAGGAAAGUGUUUGUUUGUAAUACUCUGUCUCUUGAUAUCUUACAGAGUUACGCAUUUUGAUGGGACUUAAAACAAACUAUUGAUUGAA